ACUUUCUAUAAAAUUCAUAAUCCAUAAUCACUUGUUAACAGUGAAAACAAGUACAAAAUAUGAAUUAAUUAACUAAUUAACUGAUGAUAAUUACUUCCUUUCUAACUAUAAUAUGAACAUAAAACAAUUUGAAGCUGGAGACUUAAAAAGUUUUAGAUAAAAUAUGUGAUAGAGAAAUUUCUACGUAUUUGUUAAUGAGCAUUUAACUGACAGAAAAAACGAAACAUAUAAGCAUAUCUACUGUUAUAUAUGUAUAUAUGGACUAACUUCUGCAAAGGAAUCUAAAUCUAGUAUAUAAUUAUAAAACUAUCAAUCAUAUAUUUUUUGUAAACUUCACAGAGAUGUCAAAUACAGAAAACUAUUAAGUGAAAAAUUCCAUUUCUCCAGAACAUUUAAAGACAAGAUGUUACUUAUCAGAUUUUAUAUAUGUUAUGACAUAACAAUUAUUUCUUAAAAUGUUACCUAUUAUUAGUUAGAUUUGCAAAUUACUUAGUUGAGUUUGUUAUCUCUCUAAAGACGUAGACAACCGAUCAAGGAUUUCAAACUAACUCUCUCAUAACCUUACCUUGUGAAGUAUGCUGUGUCCCAUGUACCAUCACUGUUUUUUUUUAAUUUCCUCUUACACUACAAGUUGAUUGGAUUUUUGCCUAACUAGACUGUUGUGUAGACAGAUACUUAUAAGUACUUGUACCUUUCUGAUGGUGAUGAUGAAGAUGAUGAUAGUACUCUAAUUUUCAGCUCCUUUUGAUGUUGGUGUUGAAAAUUUUGAAUUCGGUCUUGGUGAACAUUUCUUUUGAGUUUCUGAAAUUUUACAGUUGAAGGAAUGCUACUCUUGCUUUGCGCAUCCGUGCUUUCAUAUCUCCGCCAGAUCCUCCUUCUUUAUCAAUAAUGACCCUCAUAUAUGUACGGGUUUCCACCCCUUCCAUAGUUUGUCCAUCAAGUAGCGAUUGAUUGAUGUUGGGUUCGUUGAUUUAAAACCAGAGGAAAAUUAAAAACACUGAUUAUUCUUUUGUUAAGACAAUAUGAUCUACAAAUAAUGAAUGUAGAACUAUCAGAUGAAGGUUCGUAUGUAUGUCAAGUGAAUUUUAUGCGACAACAAUAUCUAAGUCAAACAGCAGUCUUAACAGUACAAGUUCCAUCUGAAGCACCACAACUUGUACAAAUAACCAAUGAAGGUAAAGGUCAACGAAUAGAUAUUGGUCCGUCACGGCCUGCAAUUGUUGAUGAUGGAAGUAUUAUGGUUCUUGAAUGUAUUGCUCGUCAUGGUAAACCGGGAGCAUUGCUUACAUGGUUUAUUGACGGUGUUCAAGUAAAAUUAGAAUCGAAUCCUGACAGUACACCUGGAUCAUUUAUUUCUGGUUUCUCUGGUAACUUAACAUUUCAACUUGAAUCAUCUGCUAAAAUACCAAGACUAGUUGAUGCAACUAGUUCAAUGAGGGCACAUUUAAAUAAAUUGCAUCAUGGCAAACUUGUUGAAUGUAGAGCAGAAAAUACUGGAUAUGAAAUGCAUACACUUCGUCCAGCUCAGACAAAAAUUGAAGUACAUUACGCUCCUGUUGUGAGUAUACAAGUACGUCCCUCGCGACCUGACAAUCAAUUUAUGGAACAUGACAUUAUUACUGUUGAAUGUACAGCACACGGAAGACCAGAUUCAUUCUUCUGGGAAUGGUAUGUAAAUGGACGUCAAGUUGAAAAUAUCGCCGAAUCAUGGUAUCGUCUCCGAUUAACACGUGAAUUACAUCAAUCUGUAUUUCGGUGCAUUGCAAUCUCAAAUAAAAAAGGAGUUGCUGAAACAACAAUAAAAGUUAAAUUUGGACCUCAAUUUCAUCAAGCUUCAGCUUUACUAUUCACAGCAUCUCUAGGUGAAGAUGUUUUAAUGGAUUGUCCAGCAAUAGGUAAUCCAACACCGCAUAUUGAAUGGAGACGUGAAGGUGGUAGGGAAGUUCUUUCACGCAGUGUUUCACUGAAACGUGAAAAUUUAAAAGAAGAAGAUUUUGGGACGUAUAUAUGUACAGCUUUUGUACCGGAAUUCCCCCCUGUAUCCAAACAAAUGUAUAUAGCUAGACGAAAACCUCCUCGUAUUCAGCCCAACCCAAUAGUUCAUGCUUAUUUAGGUCAACCAGCCAGAUUACGUUGUACAGUGAAUUCAGUGCCACUUCCACCUUCUGGUCAAACGCAUUGGUAUUUCAAUGGUAAUCCAAUUCAGCCAGAUUCACAUCAUAAAUUUGAACAAGAAGAAUUUAUCGGUGGUGUGGUACUUGUUCUUCAUAUUGCACAUGUGAUGAUGAGUGAUUUCGGUCAAUAUAAUUGUUCUGUGAAGAACGGCUAUGGAUCAGAUUGGAAAUUAAUACGUCUCAGUCAUCAAGAAGAUAUCCCAAUUCAGUUUAUUAUCGGUGCAGCGGUCACUGUCGGAAUUCUGUUAAUAGUAGGAUUAAUACUUCUGUGUAUAUGCCGUCAAAGAGUAUGUGAAUUUCGUUAUAAUAAAGGUAAUCGCACUAAACAGCCAUCAAGGAGUUCUUUACAAGAUUAUGGUGUAGUGAAUUCAGAUUUUAUAACACGUGCUUAUACGCCGAAUAUGCAUUAUCGUCAAGAUCCAUAUCAGUGUUAUUCAAAUAAUCCAAGCUUAAAUAAAUCAUUUGCUCGUUAUGCUUUUGAUGGUACAGAUCAAGGAUCUAUGCGUAUACCCAAGGAUCAAUCAGAAAACUGUUUUUAUGAAACAUCUAAAGAAGAUAUAUGUGCUAAUACUUCUGUUCCUGUAGGUAUUUCCGCUACAUACUGUUCAAGUUUACCAUCUUGUCAAUUUUUACAACCCAUAUGUAACGGAAGUACUCACAUUUCAAGUUUAAACCAUCGAAUGUUAUCAUCGGAUCAUUCACCUUUUUUAACUAAUUGUUCUAAUUUAUUGCCAACCUCUGGAUUAAUUCAAACUCCCCCACCUGAUUUCAUACCGGAAUCUAUUAAUUUACAAUCAUGUGGAAGUAACAACAAUCUAAUAGGAAAUAACAGUUGCCUUUUUUCAACUAAUAAUCAUUUACUAGCAAAUCUUCCACAAAUUACAACAUUGGAUUUAACCAAUGGUAUACCUACACAUACAUCAUCACACGGUUUGUGUUCAGGUGGGAAUUCGAUUAUCAGUGGACAUAGUUCUGUGGAUAAUAACAAUAACAGUAAUUCACGUACUCCUGUAAAUUCACAUUCAUCUCGUAGUGUUAACAAUCCACCACUUUCACCUGACCAACAAUCAUCAUCAAUCAUUACAACAGAUCAUUCAGAACAUAUGGUGCCAAAGAUGGAGAAUCUAUCACAUUCACCUAUAACUUAUGGAGUUAACACAUCUAUUCAUGAAAUAGCCUAUUUAAUUAAUGAUCAUACAACAAAUGUUUAAUUGUAUGGCGACGAAUAUUGUCCUUUUGCAUAUUUAUUAUUAUACAUAGUAUUUGUUAUUUUACAUCAUGUUGAUGUAGAACAAUAAUUGAACUGUCGUUUUUCUUUUUUGUGCCUUAAACAUAACAUUACACAUAAUCCCUGUCAAUAUUUGCUUUUAUUUCGAAAACACCUAUCUAGUCGUGUUUAUGUGGUAAAUAUGAAUCUUAAUCUCCUUUAAAUCUAGUUCUACAGAGUAUCAUUACUACAUGUAUCACACUAACAUGGGUUAUAAAAAGUUCUCCCCCUGUAUAUAUUAUUUUAUCUAACAAAUGCAAGAAUACAUCUACUAUUGUUUACAUA